GCACGAUAACGCGCACCGUGACCUCGCAGCCUCCCCGGUGGGCGUCGCGUCCCCGGCCGCUGCCUCGGGUCCUCGUGCGCGCGCACGCGGAUGGGCGGCGCGUGUGCGCGCGCGUGCAGCCUCCUUCCACUCCACGACCUGUGCCGCUCGUGCGCACGCUUUCGCGUUUGGAUGGUGUGGCGGUGCGCGUCGUCGUCAUCGUCAUUGCGCGGCGUUGAUGUCCAACUGGAAGAGGCGAGGGCUCGCGUUUAGCAGCAUUCAGACAGCGGAGAAGGCGUCAACGCGGGCGGCAUCAUGGGCAAAGUGCAGGGCGGGAUGAAAUGCGUGAAAUACCUGCUCUUCGUCUUCAACUUCAUCUUUUGGCUGUCGGGCUUGUUGGUUCUGGCUGUGGGACUGUGGCUCAGGUUCGAUCCGAAUACCAAGGAGCUGCUGGCAGUGGAUGACGCGCCGGACACCUUCUUUAUAGCUGUGUACAUCCUUCUUGGCGCAGGAGGGCUGAUGAUGGUCGUGGGGUUCUUCGGUUGCUUCGGGGCCGUGCGUGAGUCUCAGUGUCUUCUUGCAUCAUUCUUUGCCUGCCUUCUAAUAAUCUUCGGAGCAGAGAUCGCUGCCGGUGUGUUUGGAUUCCUAAACAAGGAACAGAUUGUUGAGGAAGUCCAGAAGUUCUAUAGUAGCUCCCUCACGGAGGCCAGCGAUGUGAAUGGCACCGCAGUCGCCACAAUCUACCACCAAGUUCUGAACUGCUGUGGGGGCUCCACGUCACAGCCGUCCAGUUCUCUUUGUGAAAACGCUCCAGAAGACGCCCAGGACUGUUUGUCUGCAAUAACAGACUUCUUCAAUGAGAAGCUGCACAUCAUUGGCUACCUCGGCAUUGGCGUUGCAGGAGUAAUGAUCUUAGGGAUGAUCUUCAGUAUGGUUCUGUGCUGCGCUAUACGGAACAGCAGGGAGGUCAUAUAGACGGAGAGCUGACCCCCAUCGGCCGGACCACAACGAGCCCAAUGACCCCUUCAAAAUUGACCGUCUGCAUAAGGAGGGAAACACCAAAGCUGCAUCAAAAGUCAUUUCUCUUAGUCCAGGCUGAUCUUGUGAGGAGGUUCAUUAAUUUUCACAAAUUGAGCGAGUAGUUAAAAUCAGUCAACAGUCCAUAUCCAACACGAUACGCUGGAUCUUUACAUCUUCUCAGCUCCACCAGCGCUGAAACGCGGCCUCACUUCCCUGUUCCCCUCUGUAGCACAUGCUCUUCUUUUGGCGCGACUCCGACAUUUCCUGGUUACAAACGUCCCCCCCGUUUUCUUCGCUGCCGCCGCCGUGGAGGCAACGGUGCUGCACAAAUGAAGUCUUUGGCACAGAAACGUCGUGAAUGAGGAGUAUUUGCUGUAAAUACACCUUUUUGUGCAUCUGCUGGUAACAUUAUUUAUCCUUUGUGUCACUAGAUCUAAUGCCAAUCAUACUUUGUGUGCUUAACCGUUUUGAAGACUAGCCUACCUUUGCAGUGAAUUCCCACUAUGUGCCUGCAUAGUCACACAGAGAGGAGCUUUUUCUUAAUUCUGACUCUGUACAUAGCUAGGUGCCGUCUCCCUGCCACCACUCUCAAGUAUUUCUACUCUAAAGCACCAUAGAGGAAGUGUAGGCGUGACGUUGAGUCAAAGGAUGAGGAAGGUCUGAUGACAAACCGUCACUCAGUAAAUCUUCAGAUUCAGCUAAACGUCAAAGCACCACAGCCGGAGCGUGUGUGAAGUGUAGCAGUGAGCUAGUCUGCAUUUCGUGUGAAUUAUUGUAGAUGUAAAUUUCGCUGGGUGUGCCAAUACAAUGUGAAUGGUAGGAUGAUGUAGUUUGUGUCCCACUGUUAACCAUAAUAAAACCUGGGUGCUUUUAUUAACAUG